AUGUCCUACUUUUCUCGUCGAGGUUCCUCGGCUUCUGCUCUAAGCAGUUUCUCAAUUGCUGUCACUUCUCAAAGUUCUCGUAGAAGCUCAGUGGCUUCCUUAUCCGAUUUUGAUCAAGAUCAUCAAGACGCGGAUAAGCUGGCGUUUCAAGAGUGCAUUGAAAUUAUCGAUGCUAAUGUGGAAGACGUCAUUACCAACAAAGCCGAUGCAAGAGAGAAGAAGUGGUGGAAAGAUGGAAAUUACAAAAUUAUUGAUGAAGAAAGACUCCCUCUGAAUAAUAGAUAA